CUCCGGUCUCCCAGAGCCGCCGCUGGCUGCUGUGGACGACAUUCGUUUUAAGCUGUUCCACUUCAGAGGACUCUGUUCCGUCUCUUCCCCAUUCUUUUCUGUUGCAUUUCUUUUCCACGUCUCUUCUGUUUCUACUCUGACAGGACACUAAGUUUUAAUUUUUUACAUCAGUAACAUGGCGGACAGCAAAGUCGAGAGCAGCGGAGAACUGAGCGCCAAGGAGCUGAAGGAGAAGAAACAGACCGAAGAGGCUGAGAACGGAGACGGAGACACUGCCGCCAACGGCAAAACUGACGAGGAGAACGGCGAGCAGGAAAACGAGGGAGACGAGGACGUGGGAGAAGAGGAGGACGACGAGGAUGGUGAGGGUGACGAGGAAGAUGAGGAUGACGAUGACCUUGAUGGGCCAACGGGGAAGAGAGCAGCCGAGGAUGAUGACGAGGAGGAGGAUGAAGUGGAAACCAAGAAGCAGAAGACAGACCAGUAGAGGUUGGCCGGGGCCGCCGUGCUGUCUGGAAGACGACGACAACAACAAUGACGCCACCCAGUGGACAGACAGCCGCUAUCUCCAGCAAACCUCCAACACCUCAGUCCUCCCUUCUUAAACAAGAAUACUUUUACAAACAGAAUUAGUUUGUAUUUUUAUUUACAUUUUAUAUUUUUGUAAAUACUGUAAGGAGGCUGGCCAUUUUGCAACAAAGAUCUUUCUGGGUAUCAAGUGGUGCUUCGAGGACUUUUAGAUCCAAUCAUCAGCCGUCCCAAUUUCAGCCAAUCAGAGGCAUCCAACCGUCCUUCUCCCCCAAAACCCUCCCAGCUCUCUUUCUUCAAUCUUUUAUUCCAAUAGGGUUCUGCUUAGGGUUUCCUGUAGGGCGUGUGUUGACGUUUAGUGGCAUGGGAAAGAUAACAGCGCCUCCCAGAGGGCUGAAUGUGUAAUACUGCUAGUUUGUGUGAGAUUCUGAGGCUGUAGUCUCUGCUGUCCGUCUGUCACUGUCUUUUGGUCCGUCUCUCAUGGCCACAUGUUAACGUUCUUCUGUCUGUGCCGUUUUGUUGAACAAUAAUAAACAGUUGUUGGAUUUUGUUGCUUCGUAGCCGUGUUAGUUUAUAUACGUGUCAGAGGUCGUGUACAGUAAAACCUGCAGUAAAAUGACAGAGGAAAAUCAGUCAUGUGUGAUCUUUUCAACGGGGCAUGGUGUUCAUUUUUAAUAUAAUUAUCCCUAUUAUUAUGAUAUUAUUACUAUUAUUAUGUUUUUCUAGAUAACUGAUUAAUAUGUUGUGGUUGAGGAUUGUGAAACACAAACUGGCAUAUUAACUGUUGAGACUCUUCAUACUUUUGAAAAUUAUUCCGCUUGUCAGGUCACUCCUGUCCUGGUUGACAGUUUCAAUAAAGUUUGUUCCAAACAACA